UGUAGUUAAGUCGACAGAGGGUCAGUGUUGACACUGUUACUUACUUCGACUGUUACUGGCCUCCAGGUGAUGUCCCACACUAACAGCUCUGGUCACCAGUGUGUACUCUGCUGCCCAGGGGCCAGGUGGACAGGAAGCUGUCCCUCCCCUUUAAAGCCUCGCAAUUUCUUUAAAUUCCCUUUCCUGGUUGCCUGGCUUGGUGAGCACACCAGGCAGCUCUCCACUGUUGUGUGUAACUGCCCACUGACUAUGCCAGCUAUAUGCUGCAGACACGCUCCUGCCUGGAAUACACAGGAGGUGUUGGAUCUCCUGGGGCUGUGGGAAGAAGAGGCUGUGCAGGCACAGCUCCAAUCCAGCCAUAGAAAUGUUGACCUCUGUGAGCAAAUGGCUCAGGGCAUGUGGGAGAAGGGCUACAAGAGGGACUGGCAGCAGUGCUGUGUGAAAGCCAAGGAGCUCCAGCACGGGUACCAGAAGGCUAAAGAGGCCAGCAAUCCAUCUAGUGCUGAGCUGCAGACCUGCCACUUUUACAGAGAGCUGCAUGCCAACCUCAGAGAAGACCCCACCACCACCUGCAAGAGCCCCAUGGAUACUUCAGAGGAGCCACAAGCCCUCACCAUGAACAGCAAAGAGGAGGGGGUGGACAAGGAAGAGGUGAAGGAGUAUGGGGGACAGGUGACCAGGGGAUCCAGCUGUGCAGUGAGCAAGGAUCUGUUUGACUCCAGUGCACUGCUGCCAGUCCCAACAGUAUCUCUGUGUGUUGUAGCUGCAGCUGAUGCUAUUGUGGCCUGGAGGGUCUCCCUCUUCACACCUGCCAAGCUUCUAAGCCAGAUGAGUGGGAGAAAGAUAACAUGUUCCAGGAGAUCCUGCAAGCCUGUGCUGCAACAGAGGAUGAGACCAGGGCCUGGAGGAUCACCCUUGCAGCCGGCCUGGAGAAGGAGAGGGGAAUGUACAAGGACAUAGUGGGGCUUCUCAGGCCACAAACAGAUGCUGAAGACUCUGGUAGACGGGCAGGUCCAAGAAUCCCAUGCUCACAUCCCUCUGCAGCCCAUGGAGAACUCAAUGUUGGGACCCCCCCUCCCAACAUUUCAUGUGCCAUGAGCAAUUGCUGCACUACCACUCCCCCCCAGGGAACAUGAAAGACAAUCCGAGCUGCCCAUGCACUGACUUGUGGAAGCCGGGCUUGGUGUACGUGCAUCUGAAAUAGAAACGACUGCACUUUCCCCUUCAUAAGUUGUUUCCUUAAUAAAUUAAGUUCUAAAUGUUUUA